UGUAGCUUUAUGGAGAGGUCCGAUAGGGAAACUGCAGGCAGGACUCAAGGCUGCAUCCCUGCAAUUUUAGAGUGAGGAGUGGGGACGCUAACAAACAGGGCAUUUCUUCGUCUAAAUUAACCAGAAGCAGCUACAACAGUGCCUCUAAAAUAAGCUUUUUUUAUGUAAGAAGGCAAUGAUUGACAGUGUCAUUUGUUCUAAUGGGUGACACUUUGUUUUGAGGGCAAAAAGCUAACCAAUAAGAAAUAUAACUUGACGCCUACUUGCUAUAGGAGACAGAAUUCAAAAAAGGUCGAACAAUUGAUAAAAUCGAUUGCAAGUAAUACUUCACAGUUCCGCAAGUGAGACCUUUAGGUUUAGUGGAGAUACAUGCUGACUGGAACGGGAAAUAUACUUAAGGCACUGAACAGACAAUGCAACUGGCUUGAUAUUGCGAUUAAAUGUUACCCUUUUUGUUAUGUUCUUCGUCACCUGUUAUUUUUGAUAUGUUACUAAUUGCAUAAAACAGAAGUGGACGGACCAGUCACUCAGGGUAACAAAACCUUCCUGUUAAUGUGCAUGGAGAGAAGACGCAGUAGAGGCUGGCAGGAAUAACUUGGGCAAAGAAGUGGUGAAGCCCUGUUCCUGUAGGAAACGAAGUGCCACACGGAAAGGGUUACACUUACUGCAAAAGCCUGGGGUAUUUUUGCAAUGAGUUUAGUAGGAGGAUUUCCUCACCACCCAGUGGUUCACCAUGAUGGCUACCCAUUCGCUGCUACAGCCGGUCGCUGCCACGAAGAGAGCCCUUAUUUUCAUGGGUGGCUUAUCAGCCACCCUGAGAUGUCUCCUCCCGACUAUAACAUGGGACCAUCUUACAGCCCCGAGUAUGCAAACGGUGCCGUUGGACUAGACCACUCUCACUACGGGGGGGUGGCGGUGGGCUCGGGCCUGACGGCGGGGCGGCCGCCUGUAAAGCGGCGCGGGACUGCAAACCGCAAGGAGCGACGUCGCACACAGAGUAUCAACAGUGCGUUUGCAGAGCUACGAGAGUGCAUCCCAAACGUGCCUGCAGAUACAAAACUGUCUAAGAUCAAGACCCUGCGCUUGGCAACCAGCUAUAUUGCCUACCUCAUGGACCUGCUUGCCAAGGACGAGCAACAGGGCGAAGCGGAGGCCUUCAAAGCAGAGAUUAAGAAGAGCGACGUGAAGGAAGAAAAAAGGAAGAAAGAGCUGAACGAAAUCUUGAAAACUUCGGCAACCAGCAAUGAUAAGAAAUCAAAAGGGAGGACUGGCUGGCCACAGCAUGUAUGGGCUUUGGAACUUAAACAGUGAAAGUGGAUAAGUUAUAAGAACUGAAAGGACAAACAAGACCCAGAAUGCCUAUGUGUGUAUCUGUUCUGGUAACUCUUUGUAGUUGGAAUCAACCUUAUUUAUGUGCAAUGCCCCCACCCUAAAUGUGGAUAUUUGAAGAAACGCAUUCCAUAUUUUAACAUGAAGAGGAGACUUCAAGUUGGUAAGGGGUUCUGUCCUCUCACAUUAUGAUUUUCUUUCUCUUCAGGUGUAAAUAUCACCCAACUAGAGACUUUCCCUUGUAUUAAUAUGUAUGUGAAGUGUAUUUUCAAAUGUUGGGUGUUCUUGGAUAUAAAUAUUCAUUGUCUUGUAAAGUUAUAUUUCAGAAGAGACAGAAGCAUCAGUGUUUACUUUGAUAUUGUUAGCAAUUGUCUGUUUGUCACGUUUUGUGUCUUGCAGUAUUAUAAAUAAUUGCGUGAUGUUUCAAAAACCGUUCUGUGCACUUCCGUCCGAAAUGGCAUUUAGUUAAAUGUUGAAGUUGUAAGUGUUGUUGUACUUGUUCAAUAAACCACUGUGUUUCAAUAA